GGAUUUUUAUUGAUUUGUUUAUGUUAAUGUUUGCUUUAAGCUUAAGGUGUGUGACUGUGGUAUCAUAUUAAGGUCUCGAAUCGAGAGUUUUUCACAAAAAAUAGCAUGUUUAUGUUGAGUAACUAGCAAUUACUAUUCAACACGAAGGACCUGAACGCAUCUCGACAAUGACGUAAUCUACAAGCGCCCGGAGCGAGCGGCAGUCCUUUUGCAUGAGCUCACUCCAGAGAUCCAUGAAAAGCAGCUGAAGAAGUGGGUUUGUGAAGGCAAACAAGAACACCGAUUGAACUUGAACCUUUAUUGUAUUGUUUUAUUUGGUGUAGAAAGGCAUAAUUAUUGGAACAGUGAAGUAUAGAAGGUAAAUAGUUCAGCUAGCCGGUUAUCUUUCCUCCACCGUCACUUCCUACGUUUGAAAAUCGCGGCUAAAGGAGAAGCUCAAAUGGAACUACAAGUGGGUACUGAACCGAUGAGUCUGGGCUCUCCCACUUCUCCCAAACCGACCUCCGGAGCUCAGUUUCUGCCCGGUUUCCUGUUGGGCGACCUCCCUGCCCCUGCCAGCCCACAGCCUCGCUCCUUCAGCCUGUCCAGCCCUAUCUCGGAGAGCAAAAGCGCACACCGAGGAGGAUCGGGCGGUGUCGGCUCAGCCAUGCAGCCUGUUGUCCCUACACCUAAAGACAAGAGUGGAGCUCCUCCUGUUCGUAGUAUCCAUGACGACCUGGUAACGGUGGGCACGCCCCUCAGUGCUCACAGGCAGUCUUUUCCUGUCAUGCAGUCGCCUCUGUCUGGACGUCAAGCUAUCACUCCUGGAGCAGGUGUGCAGCAGGUGUGCAUGUCUCCCGCUCAGGUGGAUCCAUUCUACAGUCAGGGGGAGUCUCUGUCGUCCGACGACCAGCUGGACCAGACCUGGGUCACCGUGUUCGGCUUCCCUCCAGCCUCAGCCUCAUACAUCCUGCUGCAGUUCGCUCAGUAUGGAAACAUCCAGAAACACAAGAUGGCGUCUCCUGGUAACUGGAUGCAUCUCCAGUACCAGUCCAAGCUUCAAGCCAGGAAAGCUCUGUCCAAAGACGGCAAGGUGUUCGGCGACUCCAUCAUGGUGGGAGUGAAGCCCUGCAUAGACAAGAGUGUAAUGGACUGCAGUGAGGCGGUCUCCACUCCACGCUCUACUUCUUUGUCGUCCUCCGUCUUCCCCACCACACCUCGCUCUGCUAUCAGACCACUCAGCGCCACCUACAGGAGCUCAGGCAGUGACUACCAGGUGGUUGAAGACCGACAGACCCCAAGAAAGGACGACAGCUUCGUCUCCAAAGCGAUGGAGUACAUGUUCGGCUGGUGAAACCUGCAGCCAAAGAGACAAACUACGGUGUGUUUGUGUGUGUGCAUGUGCGAAGUGAAAGAUCUUUCUUCUUUUAUAAUCUAUUUUUAAUCUCUUUGUUGCAAUAAAAACUCUCUUCUUCUCAGA